GCCGCGUUGGGGCCCUUUGUGGGGGGGACGUGGCUGAGGCCUAAAGGCCGCGAUGAGGCCCAGUGCUGCGAGGCGGCUACAGGACGGGUGCUGGGGUCGGUGCUGCGGGGGGGUCCCGAGGAAGUGGCGGCCGCCGUGGGGCGGCGGAGGCGGCGGCGGCUCAAUGGGGGAAAAUGGCGGCGGAGGAGAGGGCGCUGAGAUUGGAGCGGUUGGCGGAAGUGUUAGAGCGGAAGGCGGAGGUGGUGGCGGAAGUGGAGGCCGUGGCGCUGGGGCGGCCAUGUUGGGUGGGAAGCGGCGAUGACCUCAGCCUGGGGA